AUUUUGUUGACAAAUUCAAAAGCUCGUAUUCGAGUGAAAACGUUUCACCGUUAGGUCGCGUUUGAUUGCUUGGAGAAAUUCUAUUCAAGGGCGACGUCAAAAGAAUCGAAGGUCGAACGAGGUUGGAAGACGCGACAAGUUAAAAAGCUCUUGUUCGAGUGAAAAUUUCAUUGUCUGCUUGGAGAAAUAUUGUUGAGAAGGGGCAACUGUUAUACGAAAUGUACGCGUUCCCUCCGUCGUCAAACACAGAUAUAUUUUUCGGCGGUAAGCUAUUGAGAAGGUGGUUAAUUUGCCUCCAUGCAACCGUCAGAAGAUCGCAGCGUCGGCCUUCCUCCUCCACGCCAACAGUUCAACUGACCCUCUUCCUCUGUGCGUCUCCGUCCACCGGUGAGAGAGAAAGAAGUGGAAAGAGAGGCAAGAUGCGGUUGAAGAAGCACAAGCGAAACCGGAAGGUGGUGCGAUUUUACUCAACUCGCUAUGGCUUCAGGGAGCCGUUCAAGGUACUGUGCGAUGGCACCUUCCUUCAUCACCUCGUGCUUAACAAGCUCGGUUCUCCUCAGGAAGUACUGUCAUCCCUUCUUUCUGCUCGGACUAUUCUCUUUACUACGAGGUGUAUUAUUUCAGAGCUUAAGCGACUUGGAGAAUCCUUUUCUGAAUCGCUAAAGGGCGCACUUAGCCUCACAAUAACGAAAUGUGAGCAUCCGGAUAGAGUAUCUGCUUCCAGCUGCAUUGAGGCAAUUGUAAAGGACAAAAAUUCGGACCACUUCUUUGUUGCAAGCCAAGAUGCAGAUCUCCGCAAGAAGUUUCGGGAGAUACCAGGUGUUCCUGCAAUAUAUGCAAUUAGAAAUUCUAUGUUCCUUGAUCAACCUUCAGCUUGUCAUCUCCAGUUUGUGAAAACAGCUGAAGAGGAGCGCCUACACAUGAAGGAAUUGGAAGUAGAUAUGAUAAAGGAAAGGGAAAAGAAGAGACUUGCUGACCAAGCUGCAGCAGAUGGUACUGAAAGUUUAGGAGAUGUCACAAAAGGAAGGGGUGUACGCAGCAUGCAUACAAGUUGGACAUUUAAUCAAAAAGAUAAAUCUAUGUUCAAAAGAAAAAGAGCAAAGGGCCCAAACCCAUUAUCAUGCAAAAAGAAGAAGAAUUCAAAAGGUCCUGUUGCUGCUUGAUCAACUGGUUUGUGAAGCAAUACCAAAUUUCAUAUUUGUUGGUAUGGAUUUUGUGAAGCUAUAACUGUACAAGUUUGAUCCAACUUCCAAGUGCUCAAAACUGGAAAUGAGCAAUGCAUCUUGCCUUUCUGAUUCAUGUACUGGAAUAAGUAAGCCACUGUUUUAGACCUUUGAUUGUUAGAUCCAUAUAAAUCUCAGUCCAUGUCUGAAAAGCAUGAUACCUGUACAGAUGUUCUUGAGAAUGGAGACAACUCCUGUAUGGUCAGUUUGUUGAGCAACCACUCAUAUGUAAGAGUUUCAGCUAAUUCUUGGAGCCUGCAGGAAUAUCUGAUUUAUUUAUAUAUAAAGCAUCCAUAGUAGCUUAAUUAGCCAAGGCCCUUAUGUUAAGGAGCCAAUCCAAAAUUCUUCUUAACUUUGAACUUGAAAGGAAAAGCCAAAAAGUGCCCUAGUCGCACACACAGGCAUGCUGUCUGUCUCACAAGAACUCCUUAUAUACAGACUCAAAAACUUGCUUCUAGAAACUGAUUUUAAAAUCUCACCAAUAAAAUCUUCUUGAAUGUCCUUUUUCUGACACCUCAUUUGGCUAACAAACUUAUCGUAUAUAGUCAAGUUCAGAAUUUAACUACAUGAAAAUAACUUUAGGUUAAUUAUUUAUGUGAAACAUGUACAGAUACUGUACAUUAUCUGCAUGUGUUUUGGAUAUAUAGAACAUAGAUUUAAUGCUCCA